GGGCCAUGGAUUGGAUAGAAUUCCAUUUGUUUGCAAGUGAGUUUCAUGCAUGAGUGAAGCCGGAUUGAAAAAUCUGUCAAGAUCGGACGCAAAAGCAAGGCAAGGAAAUGAGCUGAAAAGAGGAAACCUCCAGUACAGAGCCAUCAUCGCUUGACCAUCCAGAUACAAUGGACAUGCAACCUUUCAAGGUGCUGCCUUAAGCUUCUCUUCCACACGUGCAAAAAGACAUUCCUUUCCUCGUCGCUCACGUGCCUGAUUCUCUUUGUUACUCGAUCGGGCCCCCAUUUUUUCAAACCAUAUCUAUAUAAUCUUAAUAUCUGAAAACCAUGCAUGCAAUAAGCAGACACAAGUAAAUAACAAGGCCGGACAUGGAGGCAGAUGGGUCGGGAUCUAGAAGGGCAAGUGAUGCUGUCCGGUAUCGGGGAGUGAGGCGGCGGCCGUGGGGGAAGUUCGCAGCGGAGAUUCGGGACUCGGCGAGGCAGGGCCAGAGGGUGUGGCUGGGGACUUUCAACACGGCGGAGGAUGCCGCCAGGGCCUACGACAGGGCCGCUUACGCCAUGAGAGGCCCAUUUGCCGUCCUCAACUUCCCGGAUGAAUACCCACUUUCGGCCGGCGGUGCCGAUGCCGUGGCCGACUCCCGGUCCUCUGCUUCUUCCUCUUCUUCUCUUCCGCCGAGUAGUCAUGCGCAGCAUGGAAAACAAGUGUUCGAGUUUGAGUACUUGGAUGACAAAUUGCUGGAGGAGCUUCUUGAUUUUGAAGAGACAAGGAUGACGGGAAAUUGAUAUAUUUGAUUUCGUAGAAUUAUGUCCAUUUGUACCGAGCCAGAGUUCGGUUUGAUUUUCAAAUAUUUUUCAUUUUCCCUGAGAUAGAUUCCACUUCCGUCUGGCAAGAUUGGAAGGCGAUUCUUGCAUAUAACAAGCAAUCGAUAUUUGAUGCAUGCGCUAAUUAUUAUUAAUGA